CAGCACUGCACUCCAGCGCCCACACUGCCCUGCCUGCCCCCCGAGAACCCGUGCCCCCUGCAAGCCAACUGAAACACCGGAUUCCAUUUGCCCGCUCACCUCGUCCGCCGCUUCCGGCCAGACCUGCGUUGUGGCACCCUCGAAGUUGCUGCCACCCGCCCUGUUGCAUGUCACGUCGUCGCCGUCAAUUCUGGUGCCUGUUGCCCUCCACCGCCUCUUCACCAUGACGAAUCCCAACGCGCUCCUGCUGCUCGCCGACCACAUCAAGCUGUCGCUCCUUGAGCAGCAGCGCGCCAGGACGCUGAACCUGCGGCGAGACUCGCAAGAUGGCCACAUCUCGCGCUCCCUGGAUCAGUUCCGGGAAGGCCUCGAAGCCCUCGAGAAGGAGCACCAGCGGCUGCAAGAAGCUGGCGAUGAGUCGAAAGCCGCUAGCCUAAGCGACACCCUCGCCUCCCUGCGCAAGCAAUACACCGACCUGUCGUCCCAAUUCCACGGCCGCCCCUCCCCGGCGACCACCUCGACGCUCACCCAGCCCAACGACCCUUCCCUGGCAGCCGACUUCGCCCACGCCCAGUCCUCCACCUCCUCCCACCCCGCCCCCCGAGACACCGACACCUCCUCCUCAACCCCAGCCCAAGCCCACGGCGCCCCCUCCAAAAAAGCAGUCCGCUUCUCCUCCCCAACAACCGACCUCGAAUCACAAACCCGCUCCACCCUCUUCUCCCAGCCCUACCGCGACGACCCGACCGCCAACCCCGCCGACAGCCUCAUCGACGACGACACAGCGGGCUACCGCGCGCACAUCGCGGCGGCGAACCUCUCCAACGCGCAGAUCCACGCCUACCACCGGCAGAUCCUGGACGAGCAGGACGCGCAGCUGGACGCGCUGGGCGCGUCCAUCGCGCGCCAGCGCGAGCUCUCCCUGCGCAUCGGCGACGAGCUCGACAGCCAGGUCGAGCUGCUCGACGAGAGCGAGCGCGCGGUCGACCGGCAGGCGGGUGCGCUCGGCCGCGCGCGGCGCCAGGUGGGCCGCAUCGCGCGCGGCGCGGCACGCAGUGGCGAGGGCCGCCAGCUUGGCGCGAUUGUCGCGCUGAUUGUCAUUCUUGUGGUGUUGAUUGUUAUUCUGAAGUGAGCGGGCUGGUCGGUUCUGGUGGGGGCACGGGGUGAGGUGGGCAGCUUCGUCGUCAGUCUGGGCUGGGCUUUUCUGGCGGCCGGGCUUUGUGUGUUUUCCUGUCCAGCGGAGUACAAGGUGGUCUUUCUUGGCGGAUUGCAGCGGAGGUUAACC